ACAUUGUGGUAUCUUCAGGCUUAUCGUUCGGAUUUAUCGGCUAAUCCGUUUUCACCUGCGUUCACAGUUUGUAAGCGUGUCUUGAAUAAAUGCCAGGCGAUAGUUUUUGGCGAAGUUCAAAAUGAAGAAGAUAAAGGUGAAUCACCACGGGAAUCAUCACCACGAAGAGUUCGCGAGAAUACUUUCCCGGCAUUGGUUGGGAUCGGCGCGAUGUUGGCUGGCAUCGCUGCGCCAAUGCUAACCGGAAGUGCGGGUCAAAUUGCCAUAGCACAAGGAAGGAAAAUUAGGAACAUUAAUAUUUCGACGGGUAGACAACUCGAAAGAAGGCGGACUCAUACUGGAACAGUUCGUACUUUGAAACAGUCGGACACUUCUAAUGAAGAUACAUUAAAUGAAAGUAUUGACCAGCAUCAAUCUGAGAAUUCAAAUAAUCCCGAAAUAAAAAAUGCAAAUAUUAUUGAGAGCGAAGGUCAGGGGGCAAACGAAAAACUAACGGAAACACAUAUCAAACCAGUAUUACCCGAAAUUCAAAUUGAAGCAGCAAACACUGAAAGUGAAUCUUCAAAAAUUAAUGGACAAUCGGUACCGAAAUUUAUUAGAGGUCACAAAAAGAGCUCUUCUUCACAAUCGUCGUCGUCAUCUCUUCCGAAUCGUCGCAAUGGAGUCAACAAUACCGCAUUUACGUCGCCAUCACUUGAUGACUUACAUAAAGGCAAUGCAUUUUCAUUAGAGCGUUUCAUGAAAAAAGAAAAACAACAAAAUAUGUUGUUAGAUGAACUAGAAGAAUCCUGUCCAGAUAGACAAAGACGUCUUCUGAGAGGAAAUUACUUUCAUUCCGAAAUGCAAUUCUUAUUAGCCUUACAGGAUAUUUCAACCAGAUUAAUAAUUGUUCCUAGGGAAGCAAGGCAGAGUACGCUCAGAGCAGAAUUGACCUUACUAAAUCAUAAUUUGCCGGCUGAAAUCUGUAUACCGCUUUGGUGUCCAGCAACAGCAGAAAAUCCAUAUCACCAUCGAGUGGUCAGGAUAUCUCCGGUUGACGCGGUGGUUCUAAAUUCAGCUGACAGGGUUCCAUAUUUGUUGAUGGUGGAAGUUCUUGAAGGAGAGAUUAGCUUUGAUAUGUCGAAGUUGCAGGCGCAGAAAUCGAUGAAACGGCUUCUCCACGAAGAGAAGCGUAAAAGGAAAUCGGUUGAUACGUCAGUUUCCACAGAUUUACCUAAGCAGGAGGAAAACAAUGUUGAAUCGACUGUCGAAAAUUCUGAGGAAACCACGAUUAACAUAAACAUUAAAGAUGUAGAGAAAUCACAUAUAGUCGAUAGACCAAGUGAUUUUAUAGACAAUAAUGAAGGUAUUGGUGUGAAGGCGGCUGUAGAUGAUGAUGGCAAUUUUACAAAUGUCAAUAUCGAUGAUAGAAAAAAAAAAACAGACAAUAAUAAUGAGAAGCCUAUAAACCUUACUGCUCCAAAAACUGCUCUUCCUAGAAGUAUGUAUUUGUCUUCAAGGUCUUCGAAGAGAACAACGUCAAUUGAUAAGCUACCAACUAUGCCCUCAUUUUCAUUAACACCUGUCGAUGAGAUAAAUGCGCAGCACGCCACGCAAACUGAUAAAGAGUCGAAAGCCAUCGAUGUUUCAUCUCAACAUUCUGCCGAUAAAUCGUCUGCCCCGUAUACCCCUACCACGCCAACAUUGCCAGAGUCAAACAGUCGAUAUUUGAAACAAGUCAUCAAUCGGAGACAGUCUAACUCGGCCGACGAAUUUGCUGAAAGAAUGCGAACGGCGGCCGUGAUGCUUGCACAAUUGAAUGCAGCACAACAGGUGCGUACAUCGUCCACAGGCGAGACCAUACAAAGAACGAAGGCAGACACGGAGGCAAUACGACGAAAGAUAAUUAGCGAGAUGAUGUGUCUGGAAGAGGAGAGGAUGACAAAGAUGAAAACCCAAGGUGUUCUUAGUGUUGUUGGCGCAAAUGGUGGUGAGGGUGGAGGUGGUGAAAUGUUAGAAGAUGAGAUACGUGUUCUGAACGCCGUCAACAAGGAUGACCCCAGCGCGGCCGUAUUCAGCGAAGAAUGGGAAACGAAAAAAGAGCGCAUUCGUAAAUCAUCGCCUUUCGGGUCUUAUACAAACUGGCGCCUCUUGUCGGUCAUAGUCAAAACAGGGGCUGAUUUGCGUCAAGAGCAAUUGGCGUGUCAACUAAUUCGCGAAAUGCAAAGAAUAUGGCAGAAAGCGGACAUCAAUGUAUGGGUUAGAUACUAUCGGGUGCUCGUCACUUCUGAUAAUUCUGGGUUGAUAGAAACGAUUCAAAAUUCAAUUUCCAUCCAUUCCAUCAAAAAAGAUGCCUAUGCAAAAAGGUUAAAUGAAAAGGGAUUCAUGUUCACCCUGUUUGACUAUUUUGUGAAG